AUGAAAUUCCAAAUUCCCUUGCUCGCCUCUUUAGCUCUUAUUGCUGGUGUUCGAGCCGCUCCUGUACCUGGACUGCUUGCUAACAUUCUGAGUCCUUUGCAACAACAACGUCCAUCCGCCUGUCCCACUUCGAACGCCGCUCCUUCCCAGCCCACUGCCACUGGUGGCGGACUUCUCGAGUCCAAUACCGGUUCUUCACUCUCUUCCAUCCUCAAGUCAUUGAAGAUCACUACUCCCGAGGGGCUCGAUACGACUCUGAACGGUAUUAAGCUCACUGGAUUAGACGACUUGCAAUUGAGUCAGUUCCUGCAAUUCAUUUUGCUUGGUCCUGGGGUACACAUCCCAAGCGGACAAGAUAUCAAUGAUAUAGUGAAUCAAAUUAUCCUCGAUCUCGAUAACGAGCUUACAACAGGGAACGAGAAUGGGAAUGGUAAAGGAGGAAUUUUAGGUAAUAUAUUCAACAGUGGUGAUGCUCCUGGAGCGCAAGUAUCUCAUCACGCUUUACAAGAUAUCGAUGCGAUCUUCACGGAUGGUGCCUUCGAACGAUUCCAAAGCACCUACAAAGCUACCCCGACUUCUAAAUCGGGCAACCUACCUGCGAUCGACCCAGGACCAUUAGCAAAUAUCAAACCGAGUGCCACUAUUGGCUUGUUACCCUCUGGCAGCGACAAGGGUGUACUUGGUUUGGCCAAUGUAGAUGUCUCUGCCGAUGUGAAUCUUGAGGGCGCUAAAAUUACUUUGGGUCCUAAGAUUCACCUCUAA